UCUUUCAUAUAUAUAUAUAUAAAAAAAAAUGGUCACUUAUGGUGGAGAUGAAGUAAAUGCCCUUGUAUUUGAUAUGGGAUCUACUUCCACACGCGUUGGUUUUGCAGGUGAAGAUGUUCCUAAAGCCAUGUUCCCCACUUCUUAUGGUAUCGACACCAACAACACUUAUUACAUUGGCGACAGUAAAAUCAAUACAUGGAGACCAAAUAUGGAAAUCAAAACCCCAAUGGAAGACGGUCUUGUCAAAGACUGGGAUGCUGUGGAACAUAUCUGGCAAGCAGCCUAUAACGAUAUGCUCCGUGUCCAUGCUUCUGAACACCCUUUAUUAUGUACUGAACCAGCAUGGAAUACACCUGAAAACCGUGAAAAGAUGAUGCAACUUGCUUUUGAAAAGUUUGAUGUACCUGCAUUCUAUGUAGCUAAAGAUGCAGUCAUGACAGCUUUCUCAGUUGGUAGGGCCACUGCUUUAGUAUUGGAUUCUGGAGGAAGUGUGACAAGUGCAGUCCCUGUUUAUGAUGGUUAUGUCUUAAAGAAGGGUGUUCUUCAUCAGUCUGUGGGUGGUGACUUAUUGACACAGCAAAUUCGUGAUCAUUUGAAGCAAGAUGCACAGUUGGACGUAACACCACUUUACAAGAUUGCAAGCAAAAAACCUGUGCGUGCAGGAGAACGACCUCAGAUUCAAUUACGCUCAAGGCCCAAUACAACCAAGAGUUUUGAUGAUUAUCAAGUUUCAAGGAUCAUUCAUGAAUACAAAGAAUCUGUCUCUCAAGUAUCUGAGGUUCCAUUUGAUCCACGCCUCAUGGCACAAAGACCUCAAAAGCCAUUUGAAUUCCCUGAUGGCUAUAAUAACUCAUUUGGGGUAGAACGUUAUCGAGUGCCUGAAAUCAUGUUUCAUCCUGGUCAUAUUCGCUUGCCACCUACAGAACCAGGAAAAGAAGGACAGAUCAUCCCUUCAUUAGGACUCAGUAGAAACCAACUUCAACAUACUGUUGGUGUAUCUCAAUUGGUAUUCAACAGUAUCAGUGCUUGUGAUAUGGAUCUGCGUCCUUUGCUUUUCAACAAUGUGAUUGUCACAGGUGGCAAUACGUUGUUCCCUGGUUUUACAGAAAGAUUAAGCAAUGACUUACCCAUGAUGGUGCCAGGCAACAAAGUCAAAGUUCAUGCCUUUGGUAGUCAAAUUGAACGCAAAAGUAGUAGUUGGUUGGGUGGCUCUAUUUUGGCUUCAUUGGGUUCUUUUAACCAGUUAUGGAUCUCAAAGAAAGAGUAUGAAGAAGUUGGUCCUUCUAUUAUUGAGACUAAAUGUCAAUAAAGAGGCUUUAUUAUUAUUGUUAUUAUUAUUA